CUCCCAAAAAAACCCAGGCUGUUCGCAACUAAUUCUCUUCCUUAUUCAAACCCCCUGACGUCAAAGUCUAAUAUCCUUUGAGCUCUUCGUUCCUCUUUCACCACUUGGAUAACAAAAAGGGCGAAAAAUAGAAGAAAGGCAGGGUUUGGUGCUCUGCUGGCAGUGCGCAAUGUGCUUAGACUGAAGGAAGCUACCAAUUUUUAUACUCACAAAGGAGCUAUGGAUCCCUGCCCUUUCGUGCGCCUCACCGUCGGGAAUCUGGCCCUCAAGAUCCCUGUCGCGUCAAAGCCCGCUCGCUCCGUCGUGCACCCGUCGUCGUCGCCGUGUUUCUGCAAAGUCAAACUUAAGAACUUUCCGCUCCAAACCGCCGUCGUUCCGUUCAUUCCACCGGAGAACCAGUUCCCGGACGGCCACGUCCAGACAAUAGCGGCCACGUUUCACUUGAGCAAGUCCGAUAUUGAGAGGCUCUCCGGGAAGUACAUCUUCGGUGGGAAACUAUCCGUGAAGAUCUCCAUCUACACCGGCCGGAGAGGCACCACCUGCGGGGUAAGCUCCGGGAAGCUGCUCGGAAAGGUGUCGGUGCCGUUGGAUCUGGCGGGAACGGAGUCCAGGGCUUGCACCGUGUUCCACAACGGCUGGAUUUCCGUCGGGAAAGAAGCCAAGAGCUCGUCCACACAGUUCCACUUGAAUGUGAAGGCAGAGCCUGACCCGAGGUUCGUGUUUCAGUUCGACGGCGAGCCUGAGUGUAGUCCACAAGUGUUUCAGAUCCAAGGCAACAUUCGGCAACCGGUUUUUACUUGCAAGUUCAGCUUCAGGAACACCGGUGACCGGACUCAGAGAUCCAGAUCGAUGCAAUCGGAGACUGGCAGUGCUCGGGGCUGGCUGAGCUCAUUCGGGAGCGAGCGAGAGCGACCGGGAAAGGAACGAAAGGGAUGGUCAAUCACAGUCCACGAUCUCUCCGGUUCACCGGUCGCCGCCGCGUCAAUGGUCACACCCUUCGUGGCCUCCCCCGGUUCGGACAGGGUCAGCCGGUCCAACCCCGGCUCGUGGCUCAUACUCCGCCCGGGAGAGGGUACCUGGAAGCCCUGGGGCCGGCUCGAGGCGUGGCGUGAGCGGGGCGGCUCCGACGGCCUCGGCUACCGCUUCGAGCUGGUCGUCCCGGACACGGGCGCGGCCGGCAUCGUGUUAGCCGAGUCGACGCUGAGCACGCACAAGGGCGGGAAGUUCCUCAUCGACUUGGGCUCCGGCUCAAACGGUCGAGCCACGCCGGGAACCACCGGCUCGCCGGGUUGCAGCCCGAGGAGCAGCGGAGACUACGGCUUCGGCUUGUGGCCGUACUGCGCGUACAGAGGGUUUGUGAUGUCGGCGCGCGUGGAGGGCGAGUGCAAGUCCCAAAGUAAGCCCAGCGUGGAGGUGAGCGUGCAGCACGUGACCUGCACGGAGGACGCGGCCGUUUUCGUGGCUUUAGCCGCAGCCGUUGAUCUCAGCUUGGACGCUUGCAGGCCCUUCUCUCAGCGCCUCAGGAAAGAGCUGUGCCAGUCACAUGAUUCGAUUGUGUAGCCGUUUUUUUUAUCUGAUUUUUAAUUUUAGUUUUUAGUUUUCACUUUUUUUUUUUUGGUUUAUUGUGAGUGGGGUUUUCCGAUGGAUUUUGGAUUCCAUCGAUGGGAGUGGGAGCCUUUUAGGCUUUUUAACUAACAGACAAUCUACAGACUGUACAGUGGGAGAGGGUGUAGACAGGGCACGCUUUGUUUUUACUUGUGUGGCUUGUUCAUGUAUUUUCCUUUUUCUUUGUAAUUUGGGUGAAACAACAACAGGGAGUUGUUUUUCAGAUAA